AUGGUGGACGACAUGGAUCACCAACAAACUACCAAAACCAUAGAGGAGCCCCUGGAUCUCAUUAGGCUCAGCCUGGAUGAGCGAACUUAUGUGAAAAUGAGAAACGACCGAGAGCUGCAAGGUAGAUUACAUGCUUAUGAUCAACAUUUGAAUAUGAUAUUGGGAGAUGUGGAAGAAACUAUUACUACUACAGAAAUCGACAAAAAAACAUAUGAAGAGAUAUAUAAAUCAACAAAACGGAAUAUUCUGAUGCUUUUUGUCUGA